AUGCGUGCAUUACGUGCUCAUUUUUUUUUACCGUGUGUCCGUCGUCGUGUUGCUCGUAGCUAAGACGUGGCGUCCUGAUAGAUUUGCUAUGUACCCUAUCUUCGCUUGUUCUAGCAAAUAAUACGAUUCGAACUUGAAGGUAUUUCUCGCCUCGCCGCACGUACGACUUUAUAUGCAGGAUAUCAAGAGGUAUAGGUAGACGAUGCCAAGUGUGCUUGUUGAGGGUUACCUAGUAGCGCUAACCUAUACGCUCCACCGAAUCACCGUAGACUGAAGAUCGACUUCUGCGCAUUAAGCUCACCGACUUGAUUUUUAGAUAGUCACACGGGGUGGUGAAAUUCGCCCAAGCCUAAGCAAACAUACUGAGCCUUCUGAUUGGAAAAGAUGCCUGGCUAUUGGGGCUCUAGGACAAGCAUGGCAACAGAGCGGAUAGGUAUUAUAACCCUAGAGAUGCAGCUCCCUGGCCGGGAAAUGAAGCUAGCCGCUUGGCUUUUCAGCCCAUUGAGAUAGACAAGGCUUUUACAGCGAGAAUUCUGUGCCGCUUCAGGUUCUGAGUGUGAUCAGGUCGAGAAGGGGUAAGAAGAUAAAAGGUACGCGGUAGUCCAGACACCGUCGUGGUGCGUUUGCCUUUUUUCAAGCGUCUCUUCAACCUUGCACCACUAAAGCUCCAAGUGCUCAGCUGUCAAGUUUGUACAGAUCCUAUCCAAAAUAUCAACACACACGAUGCACGCCCUCACUCUUGCUCUAUUCAUUGCGCCGGCCGUCAUGGCCGCGACGCCACAAGCACGUUCUGGCCUACCGAAGAGCUUCGCCAAAUCCAAACUCCUUAAUGUCUUGGCAACUUGCGAUGUAGGUCGCGUCCAGUGCGAGAAUGGAUGCAUGCCUAUCGACGCUGUAUGUUGCAACGACAACAGCGACGAGUACUGCCGCAAUGGCUACUACUGUAUCCCCAAUGCAUGCUGCCCUGAAGGAGAAAUAUGCGGAUCCAGCGACGACGAAGCCUCGUGUGACAUCGGUGAGACCGAGUGUAGCGGCCUAUGCAUGCCCUUGACUGGGACAUGCUGCGCCGACGGACUCCAUUAUUGCCCCGAUUUUGGCACGUGUACCAAUGAUGGAUACUGCUGUGAUGUUGGCGAUGAUUGCGACGACGAUAGCAGCAGUUCUACAACGGAUGAUGACUUUACUUCCACCACUAGCCGCACGACAAAAGCGACGGCAACCCUUACCACCCAUCACGAAAGCUCAUCCAGCACAAGUAGCGAGACUAGUAGCGAGACUAGUAGCGAGGAGACUUCGAGCAGCUCAGCUACCACCGAAGACUCGACCAUUCAAGCGCCCGUCACCCCUGCUCCUACCGCCGUAGUCACUACAACCGUAUCGCAGCAGGCGGGUGGCAUCUUCACAGCCGACGGCAAAAUCGCUGCCGGUCUUGCCGUCGUUGCCGCGUUGUUAGUUUAAGAUCUCCCAGCCGUGGUGGCUUUUCCGAGUGCAGCGGCGGUGCCUCAUAAUUGGGGAAGGGACUUUGAUUCUUGUCACAUAUUUGGAUGAUAUAAUACAUAAAGCGAUAGCGAGAAUAACAGGUAGUAUUCCUACAAGGAAUGGGACGGAUAAUGCUGGAUAGUUAGCACCUAUAUACCCCGGAAUGAGAAUCGCUUACUAUGUUAUAUCAUUUUUGAAUUUAGUCGUUUGGCUCGCUGAUUGUCAUCCUUAACCUGGUCUUUUGUGUGUAUUCUCUUACCUUACCAGUGAAUCAUGAUUAUCCACCGGCUACUCGAGCCUUCAUAUUACCCUUCGCAAGAUUUCAAUACACCACUUAACUCAUAAAAGAAGUCAAGCUGAUAUUGAUAAGAGGAAUAGUAUUAAUUCAAGGAUUAGUUCGGAUCUAGAUAACCAUAUGCGUGGUUGCGGGGACACUCAACCAGCAGCAGCAGCUAUUGAAUCCGCAACGAGUACGAACGAAGUCUAGUAAGUAUCAUAACGAUUCUCUUAGAAUCAUCAAUGAAAAGACAUAUUGGUCAUCCGCAAGAGCUCUCAUCUUUAUGCAGAUCCAUUAAAAGCAACACAUAUAAUACGAAGUAUCGAGGCUAUAGAGUUUUACGUCUUAUGCCACAGAUGGAAGAAAAUGUUGUAAGUUCACGGUAGAUUAAUAAGACGACAAGAAUUG